AUGGUGGGGAUCCUGGCAUGGGCCGCCCCUCGCUGCGCGUCUCAACCAGGGUUUUCCGUACCGAUGGUCGUCGCCAACGCGGCGCUGCCCUCCCCGCCGAUGCCGCCCCCGUCGGCAUGGAUCGUCGUCGUGGCGCUGGUGCUCGUGCGCUUAGCCCUCACCCCGAUGCUGGUGCUGGUGCGCUUCGCCCUCACGCCGAUGCUCGUGCUCGUGUGCGUCCUCUGCGUCCCGGCGGGAGCCCUCGCCUGCCUGUUCUUCGCCACUGCGUGGGUCACCUCCGCGGCCUCGGCUGCACAGGUCGUGGUGGGCCGCGCCUGGGGCGAGGGCUCCGCCCCCUUCCUCUUCCUCCAGGAGCUCAUGUACGGGGCGUUCAAGGUGUGCGUCUACAGCUUCCUUGUUUUCCUCGCGCUUGCCGUCCUGUUGGUGUGCGUGGCCUACGUGAUUGCAGUUGUAUCUGGGUCCACUUCGGGAUUCAAGAAGGGGGAAAUGGUCGGUUCUGUAAUGGAGGAUGUGGGGAUAUUUGGUAUGCAUGCGACAGCUUGCGUUAUGAUCCCAGCUGUUGUUCUUGGUCUCUGGAGGGACUGCCAGGCGGACAGGAAAGCACCAUCGCAGGAGGCAGCCAAGAAGCACCACCACCUCGACCUCAACACCCUCCGGGGCCACACCGACUGCAUCACCGUGCUCGACUUCUCCAGUGACGCCUGCAACCUAGCCACCGGCGAUCCUUUGCUCAAAGCUUUAGAGGAGACACCCUUUCUGCAGCCCAGCAAGAUGACUUACCCAUAG